UGCCUAGCCAUACCAUGUCAGCCAGAGAACUGACCUUGACACAGUUCAGGACUUACCGCACAGGCUGAUGAAGACUUAUCGAAGGGAGAGUACCUUGAGAUCUCGUGCCCUAGGAAGACGGUUGUGUCCCACUCUCUGCUUGCAGGAAGUCUGGGGGCACCUGCAAGCUAUUAUUCCACCCCACUGGCAGCUCUCCACCCUCGCCCACUGUGGACACGUUGCCAUGAGAACUCUUCAGAGGCAGACAGGCAUUUAGGCGGAGCAUACUACUGCGCCUACUGGGGUCCAAGGCUGGGAGCGCCUUCUUAGAAUUUGUGGGGGAGGGAAGUAAGGUUCCCUUACCCUUCUGCUAGGGAGAUGUGCACACAGGACAAUUGGUAACUGAACAGUUGCUUUGGGACAAGUGUUACCUGCCCCUUUGGCUCCUGGCUUUUGGACCCCUGAUGUGGAGAACAGUCUUUGGUAAAUUAGCCCAGAACUGCACAAUGAGCAGUAGCACCAGGAUCUUGCCAGAUGUAGUGCUCAACAAGGUAGGUAUUACUCUCAUGUCUGACAUCUACCAAGGCCCAGUGCCUCUGGCAAGAGGCAGGCAGGGUAGAACAAGGAUGUAGGUUAAGAGCAGACCUCAUGAAGACCAUAUCCAAAGGAAGCAGUCUUAACAGCCCAGGCUAUCCUGGACAUUGGCGGUUGCAGCUACACUCCAAGCUGAGCAAGCCAUCUGGCUCCUGGGUACCUGCCGAGAUUUUGGCAUCUUCAGAGCCGAAAAGGGCAGUUCCUGAGGAGAGACCAAUGUGGCAGGAACCUGCUCAUCUCCCACCUGUGUCCAACCACAGACGUGCAUUCUGGAAUCUUCCCCAAACCUAGUUUCUCUGCAGCCAAGCCAAGGCUUCUGGAUUCAUACAGGGCUCUGCCCGGAAUCCUUCUAGCAGCCUUUUCUUGGUAGAAGGCACCCCUGUUCAUACCCAAAGACGUGUGCUCUGGGAAUGCUAUGUGACUCCUCACUACACAAUCCAGUUGAGGGCGAGGGGGACCUGCUUCUGCGGCUCCUUUAAGAGACACUCUAUUGGUUGCCACUAGAGGCAGCACUGAGCCGCCAGGCCAGGAUCAGAGCUGCUGCCUCCAAGCUUCUGCCGGUACCGGGCAUGUAUGUAUGUAUAUAGAUAGAUAUAUAGUGGAGCCAGGUACACACCGGAACCGACUUGGGUUAUGAAGCCUACCUGGGCUCAGUUCGUGAAGUAGUAACCAGGCCUCUUGGCCCAUCUGCCCCACAGGCUACAUAGACUGUGAGGUUUCUCCAGCAGGUACUUCAAACAUAGACAUGGAACAAGCACCAGAAACCUUGACCAAGACCUGCAGCCAGGGCUGCUCCAUCCUCUAUGCCCCAGGGCGAAAUCCCCAAAAGGCCAAGUGACUGGAACUGCCAGCCUUGGCGACGUCUUCUAAGAUGACCCGUACAGACCCGCCAGACUUGCUAGUGUCGACCGUGUACCAAGACAUCAAGGUGGUGGCUCCAGGGCUCACGUUCAAACAACAGCCAUGUGAAACGUCCAUGGACCGGCCUACUGCGCCAGCGCUUUUCAACAAGCGGCACUGCGGUAGUUUUGACUUCUUAGAGGCACUAGACGAGCCCACCAUGAAGACACACCCAGAGCCGCCACCUCCAGAGCCCGCACCACGGCGUGCCCGGCCCAGAAAUAGCGAGCCUCGGCGCCGCACUCGUUCCAAGAGUGCGCCCCGUGUGCCCCAAGGUCUGGCUCCCGCUCCGGCUUCACCACGGGUACUGCAGCGCAGAGGCCUAGAAGGCCAGCGUGCUGUGCGAGGGGAGGGGUCGCCCUCCUACCCUGCGCUGCGAGCUCUCGCCAAUGAGCUGCACCCCAUCAAGCUCCAGCCACAGCGGGGUGGCCCGGGACGCAUUGCGCCUCUGUGCGCCACCCCAGGCCGCUGUGCACCGCCCGAACCACCCGCUGGAUCCAUCCCCCACGUCCGCUGCCGUUUGGACAUCAAGCCAGAUGAGGCAGUGCUGCAGCAUGCCGCCAGAAGUUCGCGAUCUUGCCCGCCUAGUGAAACGGCGCACUGGACUCGCACUGCCCCACAGUUCCAUGGCCUCACAGUUCCCGGGCCCAGGCACGCGGCCCUGUCACGCACGCCCACCCCCAGUGACUUGUACUGUACUGACCCUAGAACACUGUACUGCGACGGACCACUGCCUGAGCUUCAGGACUACUUGGAGCACCGAAGUCAACCUUUCACAACACCUCCAGGUCCCACUCAAUUUUUCUACACUGAGGAGCCUGAGGGCUACGCAGGCAGCUUUACCACAAACUCUCGCCUUCCCUUUGAUGGUUACUGUUCCAGGCCCUACUUCUCCGAAGAACUCCCCAGACCCAGUCCGAGGCGCGUGGGUAGUUACUAUGCAGGAGAAGUUCGCACCUUCCCGAUCCAAGAGCCCCCCUCCCGCUCCUACUAUGGGGGGACACCUCGAGGCUAUGGUGUGCCUUUUGUUCCCCGGUAUGUCUCAGAAGAAUCCCGGGCACACCCCAGCGCCCGCACCUUCUACACAGAGGACUUUGGGAGGUACCGUGAACGCAAUGCACUGGCUCAGACAUACCCGCACCCACGCAGCAGCCCGGCCUGGGCUGACUGGGGUCCUAGGCCUUACCGCACCCUUCAGGUGGCGCCUACCCCCCCCUCUGGACCACUGUUGGCCUCGUGGCAUGGUGGCAGCGGCACAAGCCCACCGCGGCUGGCCACGGAUAGCCGCCACUACUCUCGAUCCUGGGAUAACAUCCUGGUUCCUGGUCCUCGUCGUGAAGACCCUCUAGGACGCGGCCGCAGCUAUGAGAACCUGCUGGUUCGGGAUACGCAGGGUUCAUCCCCUGAAGGCAGACGUCCACCAGUUGUAGUGAAUCUGUCCACCUCACCCAGACGCUAUGCAGCACUGUCGCUCUCAGAGACAUCACUGACAGAGAAGGGCCGAGCAGGGGAGAGCCUGGGCCGCAACUGGUACGUCACCCCAGAGAUUACCAUCACAGACAAUGACCUGCGCUCUGUGGAGCGCCCAACUGCCAAGGACUGGGAAUUGUCUGGAGGCCGACCCCAACAGCCUGCGCCCGUGGUCCCUGAAGGCCCUGCCGCCAGCCGCCAGCGCAGCCUUGAACAGCUGGACGAGCUCAUCACGGACCUGGUCAUCGACUCACGGUCACCGGGCCAGGACCCGGAGCCUGCCACUGACGGUUUAGGCCGCCAACUGCGCAGCCUGAUGGACUCAAGGCCUGCAGGCCCUGGAGAAGCCAAUGCGCUGGCGCCACUGCGCUCCCCACCGGCCUCUGCGGGCAGCACCGAAGAGCCAGCUGGCUCGGGGGAGGCAGCUGCUGCUUCCCCAGAGCCCAGCGCAGAUGAGGAUGAUUUAAUGACCUGUUCCAACGCGCGCUGCCGGCGGACAGAGACCAUGUUCAACGCUUGUCUCUACUUCAAAUCGUGUCACAGCUGCUAUACCUACUACUGCUCGCGUCUGUGCCGCCGAGAAGACUGGGAUGCCCACAAAGCGCGUUGCGUGUAUGGCCGCGUGGGAAGCGUGUGCCGCCAUGUGCUGCAGUUCUGCCGCGACAGCAGCCCAGUGCAUCGCGCCUUCUCCCGCAUAGCACGCGUCGGAUUCCUGUCGCGCGGCCGUGGCGUGCUAUUCUUGGGCUUUCCAAGCCCGGGCUCUGCCGACAAUUUCCUGCGCUUCGGCCUCGAAGGGCUGCUGCUUUCACCCACCUAUCUGUCGCUGCGCGAGCUGGCUACACAUGCGGCGCCCCUGGGUAGCUAUGCACGAGAGCUGGCGGCUGCAGGGAGGCUCUAUGAGCCAGCGGAGUGCUUCCUGCUUAGCGUGUCCGUGGCCGUGGGCCCUGGCGCUGCAUCCCCCGGAGCCGCUGCCCGGCCUGCACCCCGCAGCCCUGGACCCACCGUGCGCAAGUUCGCCAAGGUGGCCCUGGCCGCUGGCAGCCCGACACGUCCUCCCCCUGCGCGUGGCAGAGAACCAGAUAUGGAAACGCUGAUCCUGACGCCACCUCCAGGCACUGCAGGCCUGGACCAAGAGGGUGAGGCUGGCCGGCGCGCCCGUGAAGUGGCCUUCAUCCACAUCCAGCGUGAGCUGCGACUCCGCGGCGUCUUCCUCCGCCACGAGUUCCCACGUGUCUAUGAGCAGCUCUGCGAGUUCGUAGAGGCUAACCGGCGCUUCACACCCACCACCAUCUAUCCCACAGAUCGGCGCACUGGCCGCCCCUUCAUGUGCAUGAUCAUGGCUGCUUCUGAGCCGCGUGCACUGGACUGGGUAGCCAGCGCCAACCUGCUGGAUGACAUCAUGUGAGCCAUGGGAUCAUUAGUCCCUGAACCAGAGUCCUGCCUUCUCUACUCAGGCCCUGCUCCAGAGUCUCAGACCGUCCCCAAAGUCUGGACCAGCUGGUUCAGCGCUCCUAAACACCCCCCCCCAUCUUCUCCAAAUUCUCUGCUCUCCACCCACUCUGUACCUCUAACUUUGCCUAGGAGACUCCGCCCCCUCUGUCCCAUUUCCUACCAGCUGCUUCUCCUCCUCUUCUCAGCCAACCGCCCAGAUUCCACAUCCUGGGCUUUCCCCAAGUUAGCCAUGGAGGCGGGGGCUCCCCAUGAGCCUGGUCCUCGCCCUCGGUGCUCCCCACUGGGAGGUGGGGUGGGACUGAGGACCACUGGGCUCUGCCUUCUAGUGGAAAAUUACUACUACAUGCUUCACAUGGGGACAAUAGUUGAUGUACGUGUGGGUGCUUGCUAUAGCUCUCCAACCUUAAAUCCCUUUCCUCCUAGUCCAGAAGUUCAAAGCCUAAUGCCCUUACUUUAAAAACUCCCGCUAACCCUCCUCCUGUGUCUAGGGUGUGUCGGGCUCAUAUGUCUAGUCCCUAUGCACCCCUAUGCUAUCGAGGCAGUGGAUAUUUCACCUUAGUCUGGACCCUUGCAGCACCAGGUAGAAUAGUGCUGAGUCUUCAGGCCAAGGCCCAAUCCACCCAGCCAGAGGGGAACCUGAGCAGAGGAAGCAGAGUGUGGGUGCUGAGCAAGCCAGAGUUAAGACAUGGCUGGGUGAGGAUUUGAGCUCCCCACCACCUAUCCAACAAGAUGGCCCUAAAACCCACCUUCCAGAGAAGAUGGAAACCCAGAGAGGUGGGUAGUGUGUGCUGAUGAAUUAGCAGGGGAUCCUACAGAGAGCAGCACCUACUUGCUAAAUGACUCCGGAACAAAUAAGGUACAGGGACUACCCCUAAUUAGGAACUGGUUGGGGAAAGGUGUAGAGUUGUGAGUCACCAGGUCUAGGAAUGGUUUGGGAGGCCUACCCUGAGUCUGAUCCUGUGCACAAAAGAGCUGCAUACUAGCCCUGGGUACGCUUCAAGCUGAGAUAGAAGCCGAAGCCUGACGUGUAGUGAAGAGCAUGGUCCUAGGCAGCCCUAGGCCUCUUGCAGGGACCCCUGCAACCUAAGUGCACCUGGAUCCACGCUUAGAACUUCGUGGAGGGUAUGAUCCAGAGAGGGCUUGAGAUCAGAAGUGAGCAAGCCCUCUCCAGAAGCCCCAAUCCCCUUUGGAGCUAGGGGAGAUCAAGUGUGAGAACCUAAGACACACCCCUGUGCUCGAAGAUGAGCACAAGCACACUGCCCUCUGCUGCAUAUCCUCCAGCCCUCUCUCCUUGGCCGGUGUCUUAGCACCUGCCCUGAUGCCUCUCUUGCAACACUUGCUGCCCCCUCGCCUGCCGGCCUCCCCAGGGGUUCCACAUUCCUUCCUGUGGCAGGCCGGCAAGAAUGCCCCUGGCAAGAACUUGCCCAUUUCCCUAGGGCGAGUGCUUUCGAACCAAGUAAAAUCCAACUUGAAUGUA